GACCAAUCAUGACGCGUGCAUUCGUAGAUUCUUAGUGGCGCGAUGGCCAUGGCAAUGUGGGCCAACGGCAGCGUGCUCGAGCUCCACCACGUCGCAACGGACGCGACCGCGACCUUUCUCAUCGAGCGCGAGAAGAGCCUUCUGACCUUCUGCCGACUGGACGCGCCGUACGAGAAGCUCAAGGUGGCGCAGACCGGCGACACGUCGUGGGGCGCCGGCGGCGGCAAGUUUGCGUCCUUCGUGCCCAUCGCCACCGACGACGCGCUCUUCACGUUCCAGCUGGGCGCCAAUCAAAAGAAGGCCAAUGCAGCCGGCGGCGAAGGCUGGUACCUUGGCGUCGCGACUGGUGCCAGUGGCGUCGCGCUUGGCCAUGGCCUCGUGCUCGUCGGGCACGCCGCGCCGCAGGUGUUUGCCGUCACGCUGCACGCACGCAAAGCGACCUUGCAACUCGAUGCGUCGUGCGUGACGUCGUCGCUGCCGCAGCUCUCGCCGUCGCAGAUCAACGCGUUUAUGCGCGAGGGGUACCUCGUGCUGCCGUCGGCGGUGCCGCUCUCGCUCGUGCACCAGGCGCUGCGGCAGAUCAACCAUGAGCUCGGAAAGCCGGGCAUGAUGAUCGAGGGCGGGGUCGAAGGCGCUGCCAAGCUCGCUGGCAACACGUCCAACUCGGUUGCGAUCCGGGAUCUCUUCUUUGGAAGCGCGGUCGCUGGGUACGUGGCAAGCCUCGUGGGCGCGAUUGCGCCGCCGCAGGGCGCGCAGAUCGCGCUGCGCUUCCCCGAGCUCGGGCCGGCGUACGAGCCAAAGGGCAACGAGUGGCACACGGAUGGCAUGCGCCAAGGCAAGUGGAACCCAUUUUCACUGCUGGUGGGCAUCGCGCUCUCGGACGUCCAGCAACCGCAGAGCGGCAACCUCAUCGUCUUUCCAAGGUCGCACCACACGCUGCACGGCAUGCUGCAGGAAGGCGGCGUGCUCGCGGGGUGCGCCACGACGUGCACGUCGGUGGACACGGUGUGGGGCGACGGCCACCUCCCGGACCUCGGCACGCCCAUCCCGCUUCUCUGUACGAAGGGCGACGUGGUGCUGUGCCACCCCAAGAUGGCGCACCGGGGCGGCCCCAACUUGUCUCACGACAUUCGCUACCAAGUGUACUUUCGCAUCAAGCAUGCACUGCACGAGGAGCGUAUGGAGCGCGCCAAGACGGACCUCUUUGCCGACCUCGACGGCUGCGACGUGUCAACAGGAUGAUGCGAAUACAACUAAGAUUACAUCAGGCCUUGCAGCGGCG